AUGUUGCUCGCGCCGCUGCUGCCCCGGCGCGGGCUCGGCCUGGCGCCACUUCUGGCCGCUGCGGGGAGGCGCUGGGCAACGCAGGCGAAGCCGCGGCCCGGUAGAAGUGGAGCCUUAACCCGGGAGAGGAGGCGGGCCCAAGCAGCAGUGGGUGGAGCCGCCGCCGCCGCCGCUCUUGCGGGCAGCCGGGCAGCUUUUUCCCUCUUCUCCCAGGAAGCAGAGGAAGCCACUGAGGAGGAUGCGGAGAAGGGGGAAAGCAAGGAGACGGAGGAUGCCAUCAUUUUCUUGCUGAAGAAAGCCAAGCUGGGCAUCAUGAAAGGAGAGCUGCAGGAAGCCGAGAGGAUCUUGCAUGAAGCUGCCCGCCUCUCCCACCAGUCCGACAACAAGGCGGCCAUUAUCUACACGUACGACACGCUCGGUGACCUCGUCGGGCAGAGAGGCAGAAUAUCCACACAUGCACUCAAUACAUACCUACGAUUUGCUGUGUUCCAGAUGGCGAACCUGGCGUUCUUAAGGGGGCAACUCGAAGAAGCAGAAAAGCUUUUCAAGGCUGCCAUGAGCUUCCUGCUGGCUGGAGACAUGAAGCAAGAUGACAAUGCCAUCAUCGAAAUGUCCCUCAAGCUGGCCAGCAUCUACGCCGCACAGGAUCAGGACAAGUUGGCAUUGGCGGGCUACGAGUUCUGUAUUUUGACCCUGGAGGAGAAAAUCGACAAGCAGCAGGACAUGCCCACAGAGGAAGAGAGAGCCAACACACGCCUUCUCCUGGGCUUGAGCCUCGACUCCUACGCCCGCUACCUGCUAGCCCACAGUCAGGCGGCUCUGGCCCAGAAGAUGUACGAGAGGGCACUGCAAAUCUCCGUGGAAGUUCAAGGGGAGAAGCACCCUCAGACGGUGGUCCUCAUGAACGACUUGGCAACGGCCCUAGAUGCCCAGGGGCACUAUGACGACGCCUACGCCCAUGUGAGCAGGGCAUCUGAACUGGCCCGGCAGACGGAGCACCCCGAGGCCCACGUGGUGUUGAAUAACUUAGCUGGGAUUCUAAUGCACAAAGAAGACUUCUCGCAGGCCAAGGAAGUAUACAAAGAAGCCCUGAAGCGGGCCGAGGAAAGCGGGGACGGCGCUUCGGUCCGACACAUCCGGGAAGAACUGGCCGAGCUCGCCAAGAGGAGAAGGCGGUCCCAAGUGGCCGGAGGGGAAGAGAGGUGAAGCGGGAGAGGCCCAGAGGCUGCUUUUCCAAUGGCCGUUUCUGCACCAGGUGGCGUGUGUCUGCCGCCGCCGGGCGUGGUCUCUGCUGCCACACGGACAGGCCUUUCAGCAAAUGGAAACGGCCGACACAUGAAGCCGCUCCGGCUGUUCAGGAGGUGAAAGAGGCGGUCAGCUGCAAAGCGGGGGGGGGGGGGGGGGAGGCUGGGAAGAGCUGUGCAGUGGGGUGUGUGGGGUGAGCUGGGCUUGGUCGUAUUUAUGGAAAGUGAGACACAGUUAGUUUGGACCCAGCGGUGAAUAAAGGUCUGGAAGUCUGCAGCCA